AUGGCCUCCAAGCAAAAGAGCCUCUCCCCCUCCUCGUCGUCGCCGGGCGCGGCGACCAAACUCCCCAGAUUCUUUCAGAAAUCGGGCAGGGACCGUUCGAAAUCCGUAGCCGACACCGCCGCGAGCACGGCAAGCACCUCCUCGUCCUCGUCCUCCAGCCCUCCCCCCGCACCCGACGUACCAAAGGCCCGCAAAUCCUUCAAGAAGGUCCUCUCGCCGACGAAGGACCGCGACGAGAAGCGCCGCGCUUCUCACGACACGGACAGCAUCGACCGCGUCGAGCCAGAGACGCCUGCGGACGAACCUCCCGUCAUCGUCGAGCCCGUGAACAUCCCCCGCCCGCGCACACGCUCAGACCGGCCCUCUGCAGACCCUAGCAACACCUACCCGCAGGUCUACUACCCCUCCAGCGCCUCGGCUGCCCGCCUCACAGACCUCCCCACCCGCCUCUCUGGCUGGUUCUCGCACACCUUCAGCUCCUCCUCCACCGACCUCUCCCUGCCCUCCCUGCUCUCGCAGCAGCAGCUCGCAGCAGCCACGACGUCUCCGCGUGGCAAGAGCUCUGCCCUCCUCACUGCUGCGCGCCACGGCAAGGGCCACCUCGACAAGGCGAUGCGCUAUCUCCUCGACAGCGAUGCGCUGCCCGAUAAAUGCAGCGACCCUAUAUGGAUCCUUGGCGUCGAACAUCCGGGCUACGAGCCGAACCCCCCGCCAACCGCCUCCGCAUCGGCGCUCAGUGCGAGCGCAGGAGCGGGCGUCGCGCGACGCGGCUCCGCCGACUCCCGCCGUUCGCCGUCUUCGCUCCGCUCAUCAACGUCCUCCGCACCCGCAACCCCGCAAGACUUGUCACCGUUCGAUGCCUCCUUUUCGUCCGCACAGCUCACUCCAUCAUCACCAACAUCCGGCAACAAUGUGAAGGAUCCGUCGAAGAACUGGCCGCCUGUGUUCUACGCCGACUUCACGUCGCGCAUCUGGCUCACGUACCGCUCGCAGUUCCAGCCGAUCCGUGAUACGACGCUCUCUGCACUCGAAACGGAGGUAGGCGAGUACGCUGCGCCGACGGGCAGCCCCCAGCCGAAACGAUGGAAUUGGCCUCUCGGCGGUGAGAAGGGAUGGACGAGCGACGCAGGCUGGGGUUGCAUGCUGCGCACAGGGCAGUCGCUACUUGCGAAUGCCUUGCUUCACCUACAUCUUGGCCGCGACUGGCGAAGACCUCCAUAUCCUAUUUAUACAGUGGACUACGCUACAUAUGUUCAGAUCAUCACUUGGUUCCUUGACCAUCCUUCCCCUCUAGCACCGUUCAGCGUACAUCGGAUGGCUCUCGUUGGGAAGGAACUGGGAAAGGACGUUGGACAGUGGUUUGGGCCCAGCACAGCAGCUGGCGCGAUCAAGACCCUUGUACACACGUUUCCGGAGGCAAAUUUGGGCGUGUCUGUCGCUGCGGACGGGGGCGUGGUCUACCAGUCCGACGUCUACGCAGUCUCCCAUUCGACCAUGGGUUCACCCCGAAGACACGCACGGUUGGGCUGGGGCGACCGUGGCGUCCUCAUCCUCAUCGGCAUCCGUUUAGGACUCGACGGGGUGAAUCCCGUAUACUACGAUACUGUCAAGGCUCUUUACACCUUCCCACAAUCCGUUGGCAUCGCUGGCGGACGGCCAUCUUCCUCUUAUUAUUUCGUUGGCUCACAAGCAGAUAACCUGUUCUACCUUGAUCCGCACCACGCCCGCCCUGCCGUACCGCUGCGGCCACCGCCCAUUUUUGGUGACACCCCGGCAUCGAGCAUCGAUGGGCACCCCGAGCGCGCGACGUCGCCGGACAACUCGUACUCAUCCGACCGUGAACGGGAGCGCGACCGCCCACGCAAGUCACACCACUUCCGGUCGCCCACCACCCCGACGUCCGUCCGCGUGAGCAGCGGUUCUGGGGGGUCGACUUUCUCGCACCGUUCAUCGCCCGCGACGCCCUCCCCACUCCAACAGCAACUCUCCACGUCGUCGUCCAGCGCGGCUUCGCAGUCGUCCUCGUCGCAGUCGCAUGCGCGCUGGCAGUCCUCGCCGAACAUCCCGGACGACUCGGACAUGGACAUGCGAGAGCUGGGCGCAGACCUGGACCCGAUACAGAGGCAUUACGUGACGGCGUACUCGGCCUCGGAGCUGAAGACGUUCCAUUGCGAUCGUGUGCGGAAGAUGCCCCUCUCGGGCUUGGACCCGAGCAUGCUCAUCGGGUUCUUGGUGAAGGAUGAGCAUGAUUGGCUUGAUUUCAGGAGUAGGGUCGCCGAGCUCGCGAAGACGCACAAGCAGAUCUUCUACAUUCACGACGAGCCCCCGAGCUGGCCGUCCGAUCCGGACGACAGCAUAGGGCUCGAGAGCAUAUCCGAGCCGGACAUCGACAUGCCCGAAGAUGAUGACGGCGACUUUUCGGACGGCGUGCGCUCGCCUAGUGCCUCGCCCGACACGAGCGUGCAAGGCGUCGGGUCGAAGAGCGAGGCCGACACAGAGGACGACCCCAUAGGACCUGUCACCCCAGGCCCCGGCACAGCCAAGUCGUCCUUCGAUAUACCCCAGCACGAGGUCAUGGCAAAGAGCAAGAGCUCGUCGGUCGACGAGCCCAUCGACUUUGACGAUGAGGAGGACGAGGAGUGGUUGGACCCCGCGCCGUACCCCGAGGGCGACAGCGAGCCAACCCCCGCCGUAGUGCGCGCGGAACAGCAGGUGCACGCGCCGGCGAUGAAGACGUCGCUGUCGACGAGCUCGACAAUGAGCACGAGCACGAACGGUAGCAAGAAGCGGAAGAAGACGAAGAAGGGGAGCAGGGAGAAGCAGGUGCCCGUCCCGGUGCCGAUGCCGCCCGUGCAGUUCCCCUUCCCCGCGACGAACCCGGACGACGAGGGCUCGCCGCGGGAGGUGGAGGACUUUGAGGAGCGCGAGCGGGUGAGCACGGAGACGGGGAGCAAGCGCGUGCCGCAGAUGCGCACGGCGAAGGCGCGCGACGGCGGACGGACGCAGAGCGGCGGUGUCAGGGGCGUGCCUGCUGACGACUUUGACGACUUCUGA